CUUCAAUAAUUACUGUAGUGUUUAAAAUAGUUCAAAGUCCAAAAGGGAAAAUGAAAUGUAUUUCAUUUUCGAUCGAACUUCUGAUUUCCAUGUCACACUCUAACUGGUCAAACGGCGUUUAUUAUUUGACGGAGUUUUCCGAAAAACGAAUUUCUCCGAGCUUAUUUGAGCUUAUAUCUUCCGUCCCCCCCGGUUAUUAUAAGUUGUGUGUUCUUUCACAAUGGUUUUACAAAUUUCAUUCAUUAAAAUCAUAAAUAAUAUGAUGCGAGGGUCUGUGAUCUGCUGUGAUUAUUUCGCCUUUGUAAAUAUGUAUGAUAUCACAAAGACGUCAGUAACAGAUUCAAGAGAUGUAUCGAUAAACAAGAAGUGAAAGCAAGUUGUAAUCACUGUGAUAUACUGUCAUUAUCACUUCGAUUUUCUCAACUUUCCAGUCAAAGAAUUCCUCAAAUGGCAAAUAUUCAACUACUUUUGUUUACUGUGUGAUGUGGCUGUUGCGUAGACGCAAAGAUGCGUUUUCUUAUUUUCUUAUUCUAUGCUUAUUGUUUGGCUUAAUCCUCACUGCCAUCAAUCUGCAUCAACUCACGGAAGAAAGAGAAAGAACAACACAAGAAGAAAUAAAACGAGAGAAAUAUGUUGCUUGGAUUUAUGCAGAUCAAAUUGAAACUGGUUAUUUGGAUCAUGUAAUUGACAUCAUGCAUCAAAUGGGGUACGUAUAUAGUACAACACAGGUUGAUGAUUGGGGGCUCCUGUGGUCACACAACUACCCAUUCAUAGAUCUGGAACAUCAAAUGAAAAAUCUAAAACCUUAUCAAAUGGUGAAUCACUUUGCAGGCUCUGGCUAUAUCACAAACAAGGCAAGUUUAGUGCAAAUACCUCUUCCCACAAUACCACUGGCUUUUCAAAUACCAAAAGAUAAAGUUGCUUUUAUUAAAGAGACAAGGAAACAUCCUGAAAAGUUAUGGGUGGUAAAGAGUAAUAGCCAUCGUGGUAUUUCAUUGAAGAAACCCAAUGAGAUUGAACUUGAUGUGACCAAAAGUAACAGUUUUGUCCAACAAUUUAUUUCAAAUCCUUUGCUCAUUAACAAUAGAAUGUUUGAUAUUGGUGUUUAUGCUGUGAUGACAUCAGUGAAUCCUCUAAGAGCUUAUAUUUUCACUGCUGAUGUAUUAAUCAGGUUUUGUACAAAAGAUUAUCAUCCUUUUGAUAGUAAAGACUUAAAGAAGUAUGUUGUUGGUGAUGAUUACACUCCACCAAGAGAGAUUCCAGAUUUUAAAGAUAUUUAUUUGAAAGGAAGAUUUUCUCGGUUACAGACUCUGAGGCUCUAUCUUAGAAAGCAAGGCAAAGAUGAUACCAAAAUGUGGAAUAGCAUUAUAAGAACUAUUUCAGAGGUGUAUAGAUUGAAAGAACCAAACUUCAUUGCAGCUACUUCAAAGUAUAAAUCAACAAGGAACUUUUUUGAGCUUGUAAGAUUUGAUUUUGUAUUGGAUGAUGAGUUGAAAGCUUGGUUGUUGGAGGUGAACAUGUCGCCUAAUCUAUCCUCUGCUGCUCAUUCUCAUAAUAAACUUAUGUACGAAAAGGUCAUUUUCAAUUUGUUCACGUUGACUGGAGUUGGUGGUUUCACAAGGAAGAAAACGAGAACAGCUACAGAUUUGGAGAUUGAUGUCAGUGACGAAGAUAUUCAAGUGAACCCUAUUUGUGUUAGUGACAAAUGCCUUAUAUCCUGUUCCAUCGAGUGUGAACUGUGUCACACUUGUUUAGAUGUAGAUGAAGCAGAGUUUUUGAAAAAAGCGUAUCUAGAACACGUUCAUAAGAGGGCUUAUAAACGAGUGUAUCCAGCGUCAAUGACUUUAGAUACAGCCAAGAUGCUUGCCAAAGAUAUAACGUCGUUGAAGAAUCUCAGCAAGGCAAACCGUUUAAUGCAUACUUGGUAUGCAAACAAAUGUUUACAAGACACAUCUUGGUGCUCGUAGAAGUAUAAACUCUUUAGAGGUCAAUUGAAGAAGCAACCAUACACUCUAUACCUCAGUUGUCACUGCAAAACAGUGAAAACAACUUAACUUUAGGCGCUGCGUGGCGUAUAUACCAAUUUCGAUGAACUUUGUUUUUUGCUUGCAUUUAAAGAUGCAACAAACAAUUCACUUGAAAAAGUUGAUGUUGGAUUCUGUAUAAGUGAAAUAUUAAAUUUUUAGCCAUCUUUA